GUCUUUGCAAACGGCAUGCAGGUGCCUGAGCCCCUUUCAGCGCUGUGGGGUCCUGCGGGGAAGUUGAGAUUCGGGGAGGCGGCUCUUACCUUGAGGGUUAAUGAGGAACCUCAGGCUUUCCUUGCCGAGGGCCUCAGAGGAAGGGGCGGGAGUCGGGAUUCAGACCCGGGUGUUGUCUGUGCCGGCUCAGUCCUUGUGAAGAUGGAAAUCCGAAAAGUAGUGCAGAGCUUAGAACAAACAGCCCGGGAGAUUUUAACUCUACUGCAAGGGGUCCAUCAAGGUGCUGGGUUUCAGGACAUUCCAAAGAGGUGUUUGAAAGCUCGAGAACAUUUUGGUACGACUGUACUAAACCUGUCUUUUUUAAGGCCUCUGGUCCCUCAACCUAUGUGCUUGUCUUUCCGUAGAUUUCAUGAGCACUGGAGGUUUGUGUUGCAGCGGCUGGUCUUCCUGGCGGCCUUUGUUGUGUACUUGGAAUCAGAAACACUAGUGACUCGAGAAGCAGUCACAGAAAUUCUUGGCAUUGAGCCAGAUCGGGAGAAAGGAUUUCAUCUGGAUGUAGAAGAUUAUCUCUCAGGAGUUCUAAUUCUUGCCAGUGAACUGUCGAGGCUGUCUGUCAACAGUGUGACUGCUGGAGACUACUCCCGGCCCCUUCACAUCUCCACCUUCAUCAAUGAGCUGGAUUCCGGGUUCCGCCUCCUCAACCUGAAAAACGACUCCCUGAGGAAGCGCUAUGAUGGCUUGAAGUACGACGUGAAGAAAGUGGAGGAGGUGGUCUAUGAUCUCUCCAUCCGGGGCUUCAAUAAGGAGACAGCAGCAGCUUGUGUGGAGAAAUAGGAGACUCCCCCCGGGCCUGGCCUUGCUGACCUCAGUGGCCAGCGAGGUGAGCGCAGGGCCGCUCACAGUUAUGGUGCCCUGUUGCUAAGCACCGCGAUUUAUUUUCUUAGCCAGGUUUGUGGUAUGUGUAUCAGAAUCGGAACACUUCUUUGGGGAUAAAGAUUAGCCUUUACAAGGACAGGGUUUUUUUUGUUGUUUCAGUGAAUUUGCUCUGUAGUUCAGUUCUGUCAAAAGUGCCAAUGUCAGUCUCUUGGUAAAGUUUAUUUCCUGAUUAC